CACUCCUCUCUUCCUCUCACCCGACGCCGCAGAGCGCCGCCAUCACGGACGUCCUGGAUGUCGCCCGACUCCCCGGUGAGCUCCGCGUCCCUUGAACCACUCCUCGGCCGCCCUCUUUUUCUUGCCAUGCUACCGGCGUUGAGUCGCCGCCCUCUGCCGCAGGUCUUCGUCGUCGACACAACUCCGGCCAGCCGCCCGUCAAGUUCUCCGUGCGCUACUCGUCGUCGUCGACGCCAGUUCCGCGUGCCAUCAACUGCUCAUGAUCCUCGACCACCAAGACGCGCACCAGCGCCCGUCUCCAGCCCCGCGCCUGGUGCUCCACUUCUCUGUUUGGUCGACGCGUCCCUCCGUUACCAGCGCGCGCUCGCCGCCGGCGUGCGUGAACGUUGACUCCAUCUGCUCUCGCCCGCCUCCGUCCGCUGCACCGAAGUCUGCUAGCGCCGCCGUCGCACUCCGUCAGAAGCUCGCUCCGUUCCCCGGCCACGAUGUGGUUCAGUCCCGACCGCUUCCUUGCAGCAAGUAUUCAUCAGUCCCUGUACAGUACAUCAACAUCUGCUCCGUAGACUGGCUGCUGGGCCCCCUCGUCAUUGGCUCGAGCUGGCUCCUCUUCGGUGACAGAAAUCAUGCACCAGCACCGCCUCGUCAGCUUCCCAGUCAGCGCCCCCUGGUCCCACAGUCAGCCAAUGUGGCUAGCUCUCCUUCUGCUUUUGCUUCUUCCCGGAUAGGAUCGCGAAGUGGUGUGGUGAGAUACGCCAAGUUCUCCGGAUGUCCCUCGGCAAGCUUUAACAGGCAAGCAUUUCCCCUAUACUUCUGCCCCUGCAGAAGUCGCUCACCUAUUUUAUUUUGCCUUCUCCCUCAUGCUAUCCUUAAGUUGCGUUCUUGUCACGUGUCCCUUCCACUUGUUACCUCAAGCAGCCUAUAUUGCCUCCACCAACCACCUACGGCUAUUGUUUGGUUUCUGGUCCGCUUUGCGAGUCGUAGUGCAUGCUAGUCUUGUUAUAUCUCGUUAUCAUUACCGCUAUCUUAUCGGUUAUCUGUUGGGAAUCAUGACACAUGCUACAUGGUUAUAUCUGUUGAGGGAAUCAUGGUUACUUGUUAAUAGUUGUUAGCGGAGGCAUCGGUGGGUCAGCUGAUCGUUUUGUGACGGCUCACUUGUGUUUCCUAAAUAUCUUAGGACCCCGAGUUCUUGUUAUCUGUUCCGAGACUGAGCGCUCUAACCACACGUGGGUA